AUGGCCCUCCUCACCACCACACUCACCUACCUCUCCCAACACAUCCCCUCCAUCCUCUUCACCAUCCUCAUCAUCCACCUCACACGAAACUACUUCACGCCCGGGUUAUCGCGCAUCCCAGGCCCGUUUUUCGCCAAGAUUACCAAUCUCUGGCGCUUCGUCGACGUAGCGCGGGGCAGAGCGGAGGCAACACAUUAUCAGCUGCACCAAAAACAUGGCGAGUAUGUGCGACUAGGACCGAAUGUCGUUAGUGUUUGGAAUGUGGAGGCGUUGAAGGUGAUUUAUGGGAUUAAGAGGGGGUAUAAGAAGACCGCAUUCUAUCGUGUCCAGCAACAACUUGUAAAGGGAAAGCCGACCAGAACGCUGUUUACGACCCUUGAUGAGGACCUUCAUGCUAAGAUUAAACGACCCGUGUCGGCGGCGUAUUCAAUGAGUACAGUUACCGAGUUCGAGCCGUUUGUGGAUAGUACGACGCAGACGUUGUUUGCGCGGUUGGAUGAGUUUUCGGAGAAGGGGUGUGUGUUUGAUAUUUCGACAUGGCUCCAAUACUAUGCGUUCGACGUCAUUGGCGAGAUGACGUUCAGCAAACAACUAGGGUUUUUGCGAGAAGGUCGCGAUGUUGAGGGGAUCAUGGAAUCGUUGGAGAAGAUGUUCGAUUAUGCGGGAAAGAUUGGUCAGAUGCCCUGGCUAGAUUAUGUCUUGAUCAAGAACCCUCUCCGGCAGCUUAUUCGGGGCGGUUCUACUGGAGCUGUUGCUCGUUUCGCCCGUGAUCGCUUGCAUGAACGGCUGUCUCAGGGUGGUAGUAAACGAGAUGAUAUUCAUGAACGCCAGAAGGACUUCUUGACCCGCUUCCUGGAGGCGAAAUCAAUUCACCCUGACGUGGUCGACGACGCCCAGGUGUUUUCCUAUACAACCAGCAAUGUGAAUGCAGGCUCCGAUACUACCGCAAUCUCCCUCCGAGCGAUUCUGUACUAUACGUUGAAGAAUCCCAGGGUAUUCAGCAAGCUGCAGGACGAACUACAUGGCGCCCUUCAGACCGGAAAAGUUACCGUUCCUGUAUCGUGGAAACAAAGUCAGGAGCUCCCGUAUCUCGACGCAGUCAUCAAGGAGGCUCUCCGCCUCCAUCCAGCCGUAGGACUCCUCUUGGAAAGGGUAGUCCCCGCAGAAGGCCUCCAAUUGCCAAACGGCCCCUUCCUUCCCGCCGGAACUGUAGUUGGUGUCAAUCCGUGGAUUAUCCACCGCCACGCUAUUUUUGGCAAGGAAGUUGACAGGUUCGUCCCUGAGCGUUGGCUGCGGGGUAACGAUGAAUCGGAAGCAGAGUUUCAGAUGCGAAGGCAGAAUAUGCUAGGGGCGACGCUGACGUUUGGGGCCGGCCCCCGAACCUGCAUUGGGAAGAACAUCAGUCUGUUGGAGAUAUAUAAGCUGAUACCAUCGUUGCUCUUGGCAUACAAGAUUGAAUUGAGUGAGCCGGAAGCUGAGUGGGAGGUGGUCAAUGCAUGGUUCGUACGACAGAAAGGGAUGAACGUGAAAGUGACGCGAGUGGCAUAGCAUGGAGUACACAGUAAUCUGUCAGAUGAAACUGCGAGGACAAAUGACUUUUUGUCCGGGAUAAGAUCCUGCGCUGGAUCCUGCAUGCAAGGCGUUCUCAGGAUGUCCGACGGUUAAGCCCACUGGUAAUCUUAAUAGAAGGGGAACUUGGCAUCAUCCCUUUUGGCUGCCACAAAGCGGCACUAUGGUCAAAAGCCGAAAUGAACAAGCAAGAGCAAUCGAAUGUACCGCCCUCUGAGACCCCGACUAUCUACUAUACUUCCUGUGCGAGAACACGUUCGUCAUAGCCAUGACGCGCAGGAGACCCACCAGCUGGUGGCAUUAUCCCAAUAGGGACGCACUAGGAAUUGCGGUGCUGAUUUCCGAUAAGGGAUCAUCAAGCGCAUCCUUGGGCUCCGUCCGUAUUAAUAGAAUCAACUUCGCUUUCGCACGUCGCUCCAUA